AUGAAAACUGUCAGAACUGCUCAAGAUGGCCAGAGAAUCUGGACUAGAGGUCUUGAUACAUGUGUAGCCAUAAUUGUAGUUGGUACUCUCAGUACGACUGGAGGUAUUGCGAAGGUUAUGGCUCAUAUGAGUACCGGCAGAACAGAGGUUAUGCAGGCUUGGUUUGCGCAAGUUCAGGCAUCUGGAACAACGAACAUCGUCAUGUAUAUAUCGCAGCCAGAUCCCAGUCGCAAUCGAAAUCCCGAUCCGGUACUGGUGCAAGAGAUGGCCACUGAUAUUCAGAAAGACUAUGAUUUCGUUUACAAUCUUUUAGUUUCUAGUGACACUCCAUUGUACAACUUCAAUGUCUGGGUCAGAAAUCAAGCACAUUAUCUCAUGAUAGCCGGCUUUGCCAUAUAUCAGCGCCGCCUCUCCGAUGUAUCGCUGAACGGCCCCGGAUUGGCAGAAAUGGAGUCUAGUCCGACUGGCGAAGUGGUGGCCGAUAUAUUCGGACUGGCCGCUUACUAG